AUACCACCCGAUGAAUAACUCCUCGAGUUGAAAAAUGAAAGCUAAAAACAUGCGAUGAUCCUAUUUUAACAAGCGGAAGCCUUUCUAGAUCAGAAGCGUUCAAUUGACUUCGACUUUCGCGCAGUGUUGUCAUACCUGGCUGCCUGCUACUGGUGGCGGUGGAAUGUCUGCUGGCUGAUUCAUCCUCGAUUUUUUGAUCAUUUGUGCUGCGUCAGAGGUGCGCAGCAUUGGGGGCUCCAAGAGGUCGGCUUCUCCCGAAAGCGGUCCGCGAUGAUCGUGAGAAAGCGCCGCUUCCCGUAAAAUUCAUUCAAUUGGUUUACCUAGCUCGUGAAUCAAGCGAUGUUAAUCUGAUUCGGGGGACCCCUGACCCCCAAUUAACAAAACUGGAGAGAGCGCCGGAGAGCAUGGCCGAGCUUUUCGGAAAGCUCCCCAGGGGCAUUCUCGAGCUUCGAGCUACGUAAGCAUGAGAUCUGGAGUCCGUGGUAAACAGCGACUCGCGUGUUUUGCCGCUGACCAUUUCAGGGCCAGACGGGGAAAUCGCAUCGAUAGCAGCGCCAGCACGUGCGUGGCAACAGGGCGAUAAGCCCGCAGAGCAGCUCGACGGGUGCGAUGGGCACUUUGUUUUUCGACCCGGGGCUUCCUCCCAGCGGACACGACUGGGUACGUCAGCCCGAGCCCCUUUCGACUGCAGUCUAAUAAUACAAUCAGUGACAACAAUAAGAAUUGUUUAUUAAUAAUCCGCCUCGAGUGGGCCAGAGCCCGGAUUGCUGGGGGCUGUUGUCCGACUUCGACCCGAGCCGCAGAUCAGUGACUAGUGGGCCGCUGGAUCGAUCGCACGCAAUCCGGAAUCGAGAACCCGAGAUGAGUUUCAGUCUAAGCUUCCGGCCGCCCCUUCGCCUGCUGGUGGACGCUGUCCUGCUGGGCCUCCUCCUAGUCCUGGUGGAGAACUUCGGCCGCUUCUGGGGCCCGCCCACGAAGCGCGGCUUCUUCUGCGACGACGAGUCCUUGAUGUACCCGUACCAUGAGAACACCGUGAGCCCCACCCUGCUGCACUGGCUGGGCCUGUACCUCCCGCUGACUGGCCUGGUCGUCCUGGAGAGCUGCCUCUGUUACCGGGCGGACACGUCCUACUGGCAGGUGUUCAACACCACGCGCUGGUUUCUCUACGGCUACGUCUUCAACGACCUACUCAAGAGCAUUGGCAAGCACACAAUCGGACGACUGAGGCCCCACUUCUUCGCGGUGUGCAGUCCCCACUUCCCGGACGGGAGCAGCUGUUCCGAUGAGGCGUACCGCGGAGUGCUGAAAUACCAGACGGACUACGACUGCCGGCCUGAUCUCUCCGGAGCCACCGAGGACAUGAUCCGGGACGUCAGAGUGUCCUUCCCCAGCGGCCACUCCGCCAUGGCCUUCUACGGCCUGGUCUUCGUGGCGCUGCUCCUGCGACACCGCCGCUGGCCCCUGCCAGGAUCCCUGCUGGGCCCCGUGCUGCAGCUGGCCUGCGUGAGCCUGGCGUGGUUCGUGGCUCUCAGCCGGGUCAUGGACUACAAGCACCACUGGUCGGAUGUUGCGGCCGGCUCGCUGCUGGGAGCCGGCACCGCCUUUGCGGUCAUCCGGGCUGCGGCGCUGGAGGAGGGGCGCAGGAGGUGCCAGGAUGCGCAGGCGAGUGUGAAGCAGGAGGCUGCGGUGGCCGAGGGAGCCGCAGCCAAGGGUGUCCAGCAGAUGCCGCAUGACUUGUGUCUGGUUUCGUGCCAGAGCUCUAAUUAGUCGGGCUGCUCUGUGGCACUGCAGUGCUUUUAGUUUAAGGUUGACAAUAAAGCUAGAGUCGAGGGAA